AUGGCUUCUCGCUUGCUUCCCGACUCUCUCCUAGGUAUCCUCCAAGGAGGAGAACUCACCAAAGAUGUGUAUCGAGAUGUUCUCAUCCUGAUUACAGGAUUCAGUGCGAUCUAUGUCUUAGGUUUGGUGACUUAUCGUCUCCUCCUCUCGCCACUCGCACGAUUUCCAGGGCCCAAGCUCGCUGCUGCGACAAGCUGGUACGAAGCAUACUAUGAUGUUGUGAAAAAGGGCAAAUUCAUCUUCGAAAUUGAGAAGAUGCAUGACAAGUACGGGCCUAUUGUGAGAAUUAACCCACACGAGCUCUCCAUUCGCGAUCCCGAGUACUAUGACAAGCUCUAUGUGGCCGGUUCUGUACGCCCUACCGACAACUACCUGGGCUUCGCCAAUGGUCUCGACCUCGAAGGUUCUCAUCUCCUCAGUACGAGCCACGAACUCCACCGCAAGCGAAGAAAGCCUUUGGAGCCAUUCUUCUCUAGGCUUGGUGUCACCAGACUUGAGCCCAUGGUGGCGGAGGUCACCGAGAAUCUGAUUGUCAAGCGCUUCGAAAGUUUCAAAGGAAGCGGAAAGAUAGUCAGGCUCGACCAUGCUUUUCUGGCUUAUGCAGGGGACGUAGUCGGUAGGAUAUGCAUGGAUAACCCGCGCAACUUGGUUGAGGAUCCCGAAUUCGCUCCAGAUUAUUUCAACCUCUUCCAUACUGUGAUCAAAUCACUACCACUGUUCCUGAACUUCCCUUGGUUGAUUCAGCUUAUUCAGCUUAUCCCAGAGCACAUUCUUUUGAAGUUAGAUCCUCGAAGUCAGGAGUUUAACAAGUUUAGGCUCAUGUCUGAAAGCCACAUUGAUGAAGCCAAGAGGGAAAAAGCCGCUUCAGGGUCCAAGGAUACCUCGUUGAGUGGGCCCGUCACAAUUUUCCGGCAUCUCGUCAACAGUGACCUGCCGGCAUCUGAGCUGACCAGGGAGCGGCUUUCGAAGGAAUCUCAGGUCCUGCUAGGUGCAGGCACGGUCAGCACUGCUAGGACCUUGGAUUUUAUCAGUUACUACAUCAUGGCCAACCCAGCAAUCAGGAAACGCCUUACGGAAGAGCUUAGGCAUGACAUGGCUGGCUACCCGGAGAAGAAGCCUACUUGGGCCCAGCUGGAGAAGCUACCAUAUCUACAGGCCUUGAUCAAGGAAGGGCUUCGCUUGAGCUACGGCGUGAUGCAUCGCCUCCCCCGGGUCUCACCGCACCAAGCUCUCCAGUUCAAGGAGUGGGUAAUCCCCCCGGGUGUUCCCGUCAGCAUGUCGGCCUAUCUACAACACACCAACCCGGAGAUAUACCCGCGCCCAUAUGAAUUCAUCCCCGAGCGCUGGCUCGAGAAUGUUACGCCUUUAAUGACAAAGAACUAUGUGCCCUUUGCGAAGGGCUCAAGAAACUGUCUUGGCAUGAACCUCGUUUACUGUGAAUUGAACUUUGUGCUCGCUGCGCUGUUCCGCCCUGGCGGCCCUGACUUCGAGCUCUAUGAGACGGAUGAGUCUGAUAUCGCACAGGUACAUGACCUUGUCAUACCUUUGCCAAAACUGGACACGAAGGGCGUUAGAACUAGAUUCAAUUAG